GCUAGUGGCUGGGAGCGGUGGGGUUAAGAGCUACGCUUCGGCCCCGGCCUAGGCACGAUCCCCUAUCACUAAAGCAGUCCCUCGGACCUGCUGCCAGUCUCACGCCAUGGAUCGCCAUCUCCUCACUUGUCGCGCGACCCAGCUCCGGAGUGGCCUCCUGGUGCCCCUGCUUCUGUUAAUGAUGCUAGCAGACCUGGCGUUCCCGGCCCAACGUCACCCCCCGGUGGUGCUGGUGCCUGGUGAUUUGGGUAACCAGCUGGAAGCAAAGCUGGACAAGCCAAAGGUCGUACACUACCUUUGCUCCAAGAGGACGGACAGCUACUUCACACUCUGGCUGAACCUUGAGCUGCUUCUGCCUGUUAUCAUUGACUGCUGGAUUGACAAUAUCAGGCUGGUUUACAACAGAACAACUCGGGCCACCCAGUUUCCUGAUGGCGUGGAUGUGCGUGUCCCUGGCUUUGGGGAAACAUUCUCUUUGGAGUUCCUAGACCCCAGCAAAAGGAAUGUGGGUUCCUAUUUCUAUACUAUGGUAGAGAGCCUUGUGGGCUGGGGCUAUACACGGGGCGAAGAUCUCCGAGGGGCUCCCUAUGAUUGGCGCCGAGCUCCAAAUGAAAAUGGGCCCUACUUCUUGGCCCUCCGAGAGACGAUCGAGGAGAUGUACCAGAUGUAUGGGGGCCCCGUGGUGCUGGUCGCCCACAGCAUGGGCAACAUGUACACGCUCUACUUCCUGCAGCGGCAGCCUCAGGCCUGGAAGGACAAGUAUAUCCAUGCCUUCAUUUCACUGGGUGCGCCCUGGGGGGGCGUGGCCAAGACCUUGCGUGUCCUGGCCUCAGGAGACAACAAUCGAAUCCCUGUUAUUGGGCCUCUGAAGAUCCGGGAGCAGCAGCGGUCCGCUGUCUCCACCAGCUGGCUACUGCCAUACAACUACACCUGGUCACCUGAGAAGGUAUUUGUGCACACACCCACAACUAACUACACACUCCGGGACUAUCGCCAGUUCUUCCGGGACAUUGGAUUUGAGGAUGGCUGGUUCAUGCGGCAGGACACAGAAGGGCUGGUGGCAGCCAUGACGCCACCUGGGGUGGAGCUGCACUGCCUCUAUGGGACGGGCGUCCCCACACCGGACUCUUUCUACUACGAGAGCUUUCCCGAUCGUGACCCGAAGAUCUGCUUUGGUGAUGGUGACGGCACUGUGAACGUGGAGAAUGCCCUGCAGUGCCAGGCCUGGCAGAGCCACCAGGAGCACCGAGUGUCAUUGCAGGAGCUGCCAGGAAGUGAACACAUUGAGAUGUUAGCCAAUGCCACCACCUUGGCUUAUCUGAAACGCGUGCUUUUUGAGCCUUGAGUCCUGUGCCAAGCAGGGCUGCUGGAUGGCUGGACCAUGGAGCUGCUCUUGGGCUCUGACUGUUUCAUGGCCUAGAAGCCUGGUAAAGUUCGUGACCAAUAUUUAAGGUCCUAGGUCCUAGGCUGUGAGGCAUCUGCCUCAGGGGAAUACUGUUUCUCAGCCUUCCUGUGUAUCCUGGCAGUGAAGAAGGAAGAGAGAAGUGUGGAUUCAAAGGACGUUUGAUGGAAAGAUUGCUGCUACUGAUGGACUUGAGACCUCAGACUGGCUCUGUGGGCUGGCUUGAGUGACUCCUCACCCCAGUCCCCAGCUCGGGCCCUAACCUUACUGUGAGGGAUGUUACUGAGCUGAGGUCCUGCCCUGGAAGGUUCCACAGUGACCCUCAGGUGACCUUCCCACACACUGGCUUCAGGUAGCCUACUGGCUGGGGUUGCUAGCUUCCCUGUGACCUCACUUGUGGAUAUCCUGAGUGUGGCUUCCUGGAGGCAGUCCAGCACCCCUGCAGGCAGGGCGGUUUGUUGUGUUCUCCAUAAUUCCUCCUGGGAUAUUUAGACUCCGCUCCUACCUCUCACCUCUGGCGGCAUCCUACUCCUAGUACUGGAUUGGGCAGCAGAGGGCCCCUCAAUUCUGGUGGCCAUGCCCUGGGAUUUCUGAGCUCCUUGGUUGUGAUGUGGAUCCCCCCGCUGCAGCUGGCUCUCUUGGUUCUGGGAACUAUAGUUUAAGGAGAGCAGGGCCUCCUGUCACGACCUUCUAGCUGGGUACUUGGGAAGAAAGGGAGCUCAAGGGAACAACCGUGGUUACUCAGAGCUUCCCUGAGCCGCCUUCUUGAGAACUCCACCACCAUAUUGCACCCUGCUGUAGGGUCUUUCUGCCACCCACUUGGGCUGGCACAAGGGUUGAGAGGUGGUAGAGUUCCUGCCCAACACGUGCUCCCACCAGGCAGCUGAAUGGGUUUUAGCUUGCAGGAAUUUGUCCAGAGACUUGAAAGGGUCCCCGAGAGAGCUAGGAGCAUAGCGUCCCAGCUAGGGGUUUUUUGCUUGCCCCAGGGAUGCUGCACGAUCUCUGUGGGACAGCAGGGCUGGUGAAUCUGGGCCUGUCUUAGGGACAGUGAGCCUGACUGUAGGUUGAGACUUGGGUCAGCUUUUAGGUUGGGGUCCCCAAACCACUUUCAGGCUGGACUGCAUACACUGCCUUCCCAUGAUGAUUCUGGCACUGGACUUCCCUUGUUAAGCACAUUCCCAGCAUCUAUCCCUCACCCGGGUGGUGUGCCCCUCGCCUGGGCGCUGACCCAGCUGUACCUCGAUUUUGGCAAUAAAAGUAUUCUGGAUGCUGUAA